AUGGCCAAAAUAACUGGCAGAAGAGUCGUCAAUGAACAGCUCGAAUACAAGGUUGCUGGAGAAGGCAAGAAUUCAGGCUGGCAGCCAUUGUGGCGAAUUUUGCCCAAAUAUGUCCUUGAAUUCGAACGCAGCCAGGUCUCCGAGGAGUUUCCUCCGAUCAAAUCUCCUACGAUCAAAGAUGUUUUGGCCUACAAAAGAAAACUCAAAGAAGAAAACGUAGAGAAAAGGCCGGCUUCUGUCGAUAAAGUUACCUACGCCCAGAAUACUUCCGGCGAUGAGACUCCUUAUGUCGAGGCAGAAAUUGAAGAAGACCCGGCUGAAGAAAAUGAGAACAGCUCGGACUCGGAAGGAACCGAUGAAGAAUGGGAAAUCGAGACGAUUCUAGAUAUGCGAAAAGACGAAGAUGGCGUUCUAGAAUACCUCGUUCAUUGGCGCGACUAUCCAGAAGACGAAGCGACGUGGGAGCCAAAAGAGAAUCUCGCCGGAGCAGCACAAGAGAUCGAAAACUUUCAUCGAAAGAAUCCGCGACGAAGACCGAAGAUGGUCAAAAAGACUGAUAAAGAGCGCGAUCUUGCGGCCAUUCUCGUCGACGAUAAAGAAAACUCCGAUCCAGAAGACCUGGAAAGAGAUCCUAACCCCGAUUUUCUCGAUGACUUCCCCGACGAGCAUUUUCCGGUGAACGAUAGCGAUUCUAGCGACGAAGAUUUUGAACCUGGAGUCAGUGAGCCGAUGAAAAAGAAACAAAAGAAGGAGCAUAAACCCCAUUCGUCUCCCCUGAAAUUGCCGAUCCCAGCACUGCCGCACCACCAAACUCUACCCAAUAUUGAUAGAUAUAAGCAAUUUCGUCCAAAGAUUAUGACGAAACCGACGAAUACAAGGCCACUAGGCUCCCAGUUCUACGUCAUUCCCUCAGCUACUCUUGGCAUGGCGAUUUCUGUUAUCAACAGAUCCAAGAGGAUUUUGAGCAUACCUCCAGCGGCUAGACGGAAUUUUUUCAUUGCAAAUUCCAGUUGGAAAAUAUUUAACCCAACUCCGACGAAGCUUAUUGACAAGAUGAUUCUCAAGAUUACUGAAAACCUCUUCAUUCCAUUUUCUUCGAUUUUGAACCCAGAACAUGCCCUCGCGUAUCUUAUUCAAAAAACUAAUAAAGACAACAGAAAUAAGCUCUUCAACAGUUCGACGAUCGAAGUCAUCAUUUCAAAUCCCACUCCGCCCCCGCCACCAGCUGCUCCCAUCGAUUUAACGGACGACGAAGAAGUUGAUGCGGCGAAGUCUCCUCCAAUGGUCACUCCCAUCAGAGCGCGAAAUGUUUCUGGUCAGACUAUCACUGGUCUUCAACUAAAAUCUCUUCAUAAUCCGGAGACGAACAAGAACAACGUGGUAUACGUCAAGCCAGAUGGCACCAAGCUGACUCCAGAAGAACUAGAUAGUAAAGUUUACAGUCGGCUAACGGUCCUCCCGUCCAUCGAGUCUCCUUGCCCUCGGAUGGAACUGUUUCCAUUGCCCAUCAGUAAGAAACGUAAGAAGUCAUCGCCAGUUGGGACGAGUGCUAGAAUGGUAAUUGAAGAUGUUGAAAAAAGUCCUAUCCCUCUACCGAUCGACCUGUCCAAAAAGACAAAAGAAGAGCUUGAAAAAUCGCCUGAACGUCAAGACCCCCCUAAGACAAUCGAGAACUUCGGUGAGAUCGUGAAGGAAACAGCAGAAGUAGAAGCCACGUCUAUUACAGAAAACUCAGAAUUAGAAUCAUCAACUGAACUCGAAGAGCCGCAAAAAUCUCCACUGGAUCUUUCUUCAAAAGACGAAGACUCUAAAUCAGAGGAUGUAGCCCCGUGUCCGCCUAAGUCAAGCAAGCCCGAGAAACCCUCGGCUGACGAUGCAAUGCGUAAAUCGGAAGAUGAUUCAUCUUCAGAAGUUUCUUCUCCGCCCAGAAAACGGCCGCUUACAGAAGCUGAACUUUUCGAUUACGACACGUCAGAAUUACCUCAAAGUCAUGUUUCAUCCCUUCCCAUCCCGGCGAAGAUUGAAGAGUCCACAAAUAUUGCAGCUACACCCGCCGCGCAUCCACUGUCGUCGCCAGAAAAGUCUUCGCUCAUGCCAACGAGAUGUGCGAGAAAGCGAACCUUGUAUUCGAGUCCAGAAAAGCCUCACGGUCUCCCGGUAGCGGCGAUCAAACCAACUCAAAAAGUCAAUAUAGCGACUCCUCGCCACCAAUUAAUCGAUACUUAUCGCGACGAGAUCUCCAUGGAGGAUAUCAUCGCCAAUGGACUACACUGCCACUACAAACACUGCAUAUUUCGCUUUCCCGUUGAUCAGCCAGAAGUGGCUACUGCUCAUUACGAGGAGGAUCAUGGCUAUGCAAGUGAGUUCGCUCCCGAUGCCACCAAAUGCCAAAGCUGUAAAAUUCGAUUCAACACCGUCAAGGAACUCAGUAAGCACAACCACCACUUCCACAACCCUGAUACACGAUACAGCUACGGCGAUGGCGGCUUCUGCAAGGCUCUUUUCAAGUGUCAGCUUUGCACAAUGGAUUUCAAGGACUUCGGAGAAAAACGCAAGCAUGAAGAUUAUCAUUCAGAAGAAAUCAAAUGUGAGCACUGUCCCUACAUUUCUCGAGCUACUGUGGAAAUGGAUGUCCAUAUCCUUCAACAUUAUGGCGUCACCGAGCAAAGUUGCCACAUUUGCAAUCAUCGAGCAAAAAGCAAACGCGACCUCAACGAACACUUCAAAAUGCACUUCAAUGGAACCGUCCCGGACGCCGAGACCCUAGCGGCCCAUUUAUCCGAAAACUCGGGAACAUCGAUGUGCUUGUUGUAA